AUGCAACAGGGAAAAACCGAAGCCAUCAUCAAGGCAGACUUUGGACAGGUGACGCCAGAGUAUUCAAUGAAAUGGGAUGCUAUUGAGCCCACCCGAGGCAAUUUCAGUUGGGACAACUCCGAUUACAUUGUUAACUGGACGCAAUCGAAUAACAAGACUUUGCACGGACACGCCUUAAUCUGGCACACGGCGUUACCUACAUGGGUAUCAGAUAUCAAGGACAAAAGUGUACUUACCAGUGUUAUUGAAAAACAUGUUUCAACAGUGGUUGGGAGGUACAGAGGCAAAAUCAGGGCUUGGGACGUUGUUAAUGAGAUCUUCAGUGAUAACGGCACUCUCCGGAACAACACGUUCUUUAAUGUCAUGGGCGAAUCAUAUGUCGGUGUUGCUUUUCGCGCGGCUCGGGCUGCGGACCCAACCGCUAAGCUCUACAUCAAUGACUACAACUUGGACAACAAAGAAUGGGGGAAAGUUUCUGCGUUAGUCAAAAAAGUCGAUCAAUGGAUUGGGCAGGGAAUUCCCAUUGACGGUAUCGGCUCUCAGUCUCACCUGGCUCCAAACAUGUCGAGCAACGUCGAAGGAGCGCUGCGAUUACUCGCUACCGCCUGUGUCUCCGAGAUUGCCAUUACUGAGCUGGAUAUUGAUGGUGCUCCACCGGCCGACUAUGCGGCUGUUGUAGGCGCAUGCCUCAAUGUGUCAAAAUGUGUUGGUGUCACCACAUGGGGAUUGAGCGAUAAGCAAUCUUGGAAGAAUUCCUCGAAACCGCUUCUCUUCGACGAAAAUUACAACCCAAAGCCGGCAUACAAUGCCAUAGUCAACAGGCUUAUGCGAAAGUGA